AUGCGGUCUUGGUCUAUACCACCUGCUAUCCUGGGCCCCUUGCUUUUACUUGCCAGUCCAGCAACAACCUCACAAGUCGACCUCUCACAAUAUGUGAACCCUUUCAUAGGCUCUGAAGGUCCCGAAGCAGGGACAGCCUUUGGCGGAGGUGAUAUUUUUGUUGGAGGUGCACUUCCGUUUGGAGUGGCCAAAGUUGGCCUUGACACGACCGCCGCAAAUUGGACCACCGCCACCCUCAAUGGCGGGUGGACACCCGAUGGAAAUGUCACUGGUAUCAGCAUGAUGCAUGAAAGCGGCACUGGAGGGUCGCCAAAGUACGGUAUUGUCUCGCAGAUGCCUUUGACGUCUGUUGAUCAGCCGGUGAAUGUGCUCGACAAUUUGACUUAUAGUCAACCGCGAGUUGGGAAAGAUACCGCCAGGGUUGGGUAUUUCAAGACCCAUCUGGAGAAUGAUAUCACCGUGGAAUUAUCGGCGUCACGCCAUGCUGGAAUCAUGGAGUACUCCUUUCCGAAAGGCGAGAAGCAUGUAUUGAUUGAUGUGUCCCAUUAUCUACCUGCCUCGCCUGGCGACGCGAAUUGCCAGACCUUUGCUGGAGGUGAGAUCCAGAUCGAAGCCAAUGGCAAGGCUUACAGUGGGUAUGGCACAUAUGCCGGCGGCUGGAAUAAUGGAGCACCAUUCACUGUCUACUUUUAUGGAGAGUUCUCCAAGGCUUCAGACAGUUCACAGACAUUCUCAGGCGCAAACACAGACCCUAUGCCCAGAUCCCAGAAUCUAGCUAAUGGCGGCAUGAGUGAGCCAACUUUCAAGAAUACCUCCAGAAAAGUCACCUCAGGACCAAUGAACAACCGCAUCGGGCUGCUUUUCAGUUGGAAUGACGGACCUGCGGCACAUGUUACCUCACGUGUCGGUAUCUCAACAAUUUCCGUUGAUCGAGCACGCUCGUAUCUUCAAAAAGAGAUUCCAUCCUGGAAGCUUAAUAACACCGUGGAACUGGCCGUCAAGGAAUGGAAUGAGGAUGUCUUCAAUAAGAUCCAGGUUCCAUUGGACAGUUUCGCAAACAUCACUCAUGUCAGAUUGCUAUACAGCUCUUUGUAUUUUAUCCACCUUAUGCCAUCGGAUAGAACGGGUGAAAAUCCUCUAUGGGACUCAGGGGAACCUUACUGGGAUGACUUUUACACCAUGUGGGACAUCUUUCGCUGCACAGUGAGCUUCUACCAUAUCUUCCAGCCCACGUAUUACGAGUCUAUGAUUCGAGGCUUGAUCGACAUUUGGAAACACUCAGGCUAUAUGCCGGAUGGACGCUCAGGGAACUGGAAUGGACUGGUUCAAGGCGGCUCAGAUGCAGACAACGUACUCGCAGACGCAUAUGUCAAAGGUCUGAGAGGCGCAAUCAACUGGACCGAAGGGUAUGCAGCGAUGAAAAAGGACGCAGAAGUGACCCCUUACAACACAUUUGACCCCACCGAUUUCUCAGCAAGCACAAAAGAAGGCCGCGGGGCCCUGGAAGACUGGAAAGAACUUGGAUACGUCUCUCAGGACCGGAAUACCCGCUGCAUCUCGCGCACUGUUGAGUACAGUCUCAAUGAUUUUGCGGUUAGCCAAGUCGCUGCUGGCGAGAUGCCAAGUGACCAGGAAAAGUACCUCAAUCGAUCCGCUGGAUGGCAGAAUAUAUGGAACACGAACGUGAAAAGCUUGGGCUUUGAUGGCUUCAUGGCGCCGAGGUUCUCGAAUGGCUCGUUUAACAACAGUGGGUAUGAUCCGCUCUAUUGUUACGGUUGUGAGUGGGAAGACUAUACCUAUGAGGGAACUCCAUGGGAAUAUUCCUUCGUCAUCCCUCACGAUGUGAAGACUCUUAUUGAAUUCAUGGGUGGCGCAAAGACCUUCGAAUCUCGGCUUGACUUGAUGUUCAAAGCAAAUAUGUCCGUUCAGGACCUUGGUGCAAAUGGCGCGGGUAUCACCACAUUGAUGAACAUCGGCAACGAACCCGACUUUGCUACACCCUAUCUUUACAAUUACAUUAACAAGCAAGCAAAGAGUGUGAACCAAUCACGGAGCUUAGCCACUCAGUACUUCAAAGAUACAGCUUACGGAAUCCCCGGAAACAGCGACGCGGGGGCCAUGAACUCCUGGCUCUUGUGGCAAAUUCUUGGCAUUUAUCCAAUUGUCACACAGCCAGUCUAUCUUCUCUCAUCGCCAUGGUUCCCUGAUCUGAACAUGACAAUCAAUGGAGAUAAGACUCUUCGGAUUACUGCGAGUGGCAUGGAUGACGGAUACUACGUGCAGAGCGUGAAGAUAAAUGGCAAAGACUGGAAAAAGAACUGGUUUGAGCAUAAGGAUGUGAUGACGAAUGGUGGCACGAUACAGUUUGAGCUUGGGGCCGAGGCGAAGGCGUGGGAGACUGGAGAAGUUCCGCCUUCUCCGGGAUAUGUGCAGCUAAGCAAGGGUUGA